GGAAAUUCCCGGAGGAGUGUUGCGCGUCGGUCUUUCAAGCGGCGUCGUCGUCCGUCUUUCCUUUUAUAAAAUGUGUCACGCUUAGUAAAGAAGAUGGAUAGUGGGUUGUUAUCUCUGAAGUGGAACAACCAUGGAUCUACAUUUUUCCAUGUCUUGUCAACAAUAAGGAGAAAGGAGUCCUAUUGUGAUGUGACGCUGGCCUGCGAUGGCAAAUUCUACCCUGUGCAUAAACUGGUUCUAUCUACAUGUAGUGAAUAUUUUGAGGAAAUCUUUAAUAGAACUCAGUGCAAACAUCCUGUGAUAGUGCUAAAAGAUAUAAAACAUGAAGAGCUUGAAGCUCUUCUUAAUUACAUGUACCUAGGGGAAGUGAAUGUUUUACAAGCAGAUUUAGCUGGACUAAUAAAAGCUGCAGAGUGUUUAAGAAUUAAAGGACUGGCUGUGCCAGAUGAAGCCCCCACAUCUAAAAGUGCAACUAAAGACAGUAAAAGGAGCGCGAGCUCUAGAGACAGUAGUCCGCCACACAACAAAAGAGUGCGGCACGAUGAGGAGAGUCGAAGGACGUCCAUUUCUGGUCAGAACCUGGAGGACCCCAGGAGCCUUAGAGAACCCCCUUCUAGAGAGUCGAGAGAUAUAGCACGUCCAAAUACGGGGAGGCUGGCGUCUCCAUCUUCCGUCGAAGGGUUUGCCAAUGCUGCUUUCACCCAGUCUGGUCAUAAUCAAGAAAAUAAUAGAGACAGCAGAGGUCCCACGCCCGAUGCCGAUAGACAGAAGGAGUCGAGACAAAAAGAAGUGCCACAAACUUCAUCCCCUAGUCAUGUAGAGGUGCUUGUACAGGAUGAACCAGUAGUCAAAACGGAAGUGUUAGAGGAACCUAAGGCAGAAGAGGAAAAUGAAGAGGAUGUCAUGAACUCUGAUAACAGUAUGGCGUAUGACCAACUGGCGUCAGGCAUGCAAGGUGACGGGGUAUCAGAAAGUCAGCAAAGUUUUGAUCCUCAAGUGUUGACGUCACAACCACAAACUAUGGAAGAGCUGGUUGCACAAGCCAUGCCAGGGACUUCUGGUAUACAGGGGGACUCCAUGGUUGGGUGGGGUGCAGGUCAGGGUGGAGGAGGCGGGGGUGACCUGUCUAGGUUUUCCCUCGAGGCAUUCCAGCUCGAAGACUCCCAGAGCGGCUCGCAGGGGUCGACGCAGCAACAGAUGGGUCGCGGAGGGCAGGCGAAUGCUGGUGACGACUUUAAGCCAUACUCGUGUGUCUUCUGUCCAAAGAGAUUUUCACGGCGGGACAACUUAACCCUUCACUUGCGUACUCAUACUGGGGAGAAGCCGUAUCAGUGCCCCCACUGUGAUUAUAGGACUACGAUAAGUUCAAACGUGUACCGUCACAUGCGAAACAAACACCAGCAAGAAAUCGAUGGAAAGCCGUAUAGGCACGCAGCAGCAUCAGCUAUAGGCAUAUGGGGAGUUCAGACACCACCAAACUAUUGACAUAGGAAGAAGUUUUAAUUUCAAAAUUUAUGUUCAGUUGAUGAAACCCCAGAUAUGUUUAGUUACCUAAAUUUGGUAGAGCAUUGACAGUAAAAUUGUUUUAUUGAGACACAUGGGUAUUAUAUAGAUUAAGUUUCUAUUGCUAUCUAUCGCUGGCAGUUUCUAUGUCUGUAAUAUGAUCAUAGCAUCAGAUACACAGUCUAUUUUUGUGAUCUGGAAGAGCUAAUAAUGGUUUGAAGAAAGUUGCAGAUAUAUUGAAUGGUUUGUGCACGAAAAAUUGCAGAGGCAUUGAAUAGUUUAUGGAGUAAAAUGGUAGAUACCAUUGAAAAUGAAGUUCAAGAACAGUAACAGGGCUAUUUUUAUUUAUUUAUUAUUUUUUUUAUUUAUUUUUUUUCUAACACUUGAUUUACAUGUAAUAGAAUAUAAGAGUGAGGAAAAGCUUGAAUUCCAGGAGAUUAUGCAGAUGUGAAAAUGAUUUCUCCAAAUUGAAUGUCAGGUUAUUUACUCCUUACUUUGUUCUUCAUGAUCUUUACUCUCGCUAAGUGAGGUGUAGAAGGCAGCCUUGGUUAUGUGAUUCAGCUGGUUCAGCUUUUGCUACAUAUAUUUUUUAUUAAUUAUCAGACCUACAGUGUCUUCAGAAAUGAAAUGAAAGUGAAUGGCCAUGUUGGGCAGUUUUUCCUCAAUUUAUAUGUCAUGUAGUUGCCUUUGAGGUCAUGGUUAUUUUUAUUUUAUUUUAUUUAUUUUAUUUUUUUAUUUUUUGUAAGGAAAGAGAUGUAUGUAUAUGUGCUUCCAUACAUAUAUACAGGAACAGCAAACACAUUAAGCCUGUCUAUAAUGUAUAGCAAAUUUUAUGACUUGAUUGGUGCAGCAUUAAAAGACUUAGUCUUGAACGCAACUUUAUUAUUUGUUCCCUGAGUGCGGUGAAAAUUAUGUUACUAAUUGAACGAGGUCAUGUUAAUGAAGACUUUUUUUCUUUCUUUCUUUCCCUUCUUCUCUCCACUUCUUUCCAUCCUUAUCCUGCAUUCUCAAAGAUUUUACUUUGUUACUGUAGCAAAAUGUAAUUAUAUUUUAGAUUAAAAAGGAUGGUGUCAAAAUAAAUAUAUGAAUACAGUGUAUGAAAUGUAUUCUUUAUGUAGUUUAUAGUGAUGAAAUACAGUUUUGUAUUAAACAAGUGUACAGUAUAAUGUAUAACAUUUGCCAUAUCUUGUAAAAUAUAGAAAGGAAAUUAUAUAUUUUCAUUUGUAAAUAAAUUUCAAAGGGGAAUUGUAGUGUUGUCCAUAUAUGGAGAAUUUUGGUCUUCAGGUGAAAUGAGAAUUGAGAAAUGUCUUGCUAUUGUCUUGCUACUUUAUUUAUUAUAGAUAGAGAAUAAUGUGUAUUAGAUUUUGAAUUAAAUUAAACAAGAAUUAAGUGUAAGGUAGAACCUAAGGGAGAGAGGGAUGCAGAUAGGAAUGAAAAUCAGUCUUGGAUGUGGGUUUGCAUAUUUAUUGCGUGCUUGUGUGCGUGUGUAUACGUGUGUGCGUGUGUUUGUGUGUACUUGGUGGGGUUUGGGAAGGAUGAAUGCCUCUUUGGUUUCUCUUUUCCAUUUUAAUUUUUCAGUUAAUUACUUAUGAUUUAGCAGUAAUUCCCAUUAAAGCAGAGAUAUACAGGUACACACACCGAGUCCAUAUUUUUAUGAUGACGUAAUUGUCUUAAGUGUUUGAUUUUUGUGAUGUGAGCUUAUUACUCUAUCAGUAUCAAGGAGAUUUGCUUGUCCAGUUUUUAGGAAUAGAUCGAGUGAAAAAAUACAGAUUUCACGGCCCUUUCUUUUUUUAAUAUUCGGGUAUAUAUUUUUUAGGAUCUUGGUGCUUGGUGUCAGUGAGUAGUAAUAAAAAGAAAAUAAAUAAAUAAAUAAAAAAUGAUAUCCUUUGGUAUCAUGACAAAAAUUGGUUUAUUUGCAAGUGAUUACACUAGCACCAUAUAUCCCCCCCCCCCCCCUCCUCAAAAAAAUGAUAAUAAUUUGGAGAAUUUUCCUCUUAGUACUUUGCAUUGAAGCGAGCGAGGGUGUGAGUUUGCGUGUGUCCUUGUGUGUAUAUUGCAAAUACAGACAACUACGUGAUUUUUGUAAUAACUGCAAUAUUUGAGUGGAUGCAAGACAAUUUUUAAAAAUUGAUUUUGUUAGUUGCCAAUUAUAUUUCUUAUUAAAAUGUAUCUUCCAAGAGUAAGCAUUAUGAAAUGCCAUUUUAAUUUACCUUCUUUUUUUUAAGUAAUAAAAUGG